AUGGGCAAUCGGGGCUUCACAGGAUAUCACGAAGAGACGUUACCUGAAAAACCAGGAAAUGUUAAAAGCAAAGGCAGACAACGAAGCUAUGAAACAAUACUCAAGAGACCAAGGAUAGAUAGGAAAAACAGUUUACAAUACAACAUAACAAAGUCGCGGCAUUCUCAGAGUAGAAUAAAAAAGAUAUUAAAAAAUCAAGCGCCUGUUGUCUUAGCGAUUGUUGCUUCCGAUUCAAAUUUAAGAUUGAGACGUAAAAAGAAAUACAAGAGAGCAUGUUUAGAAGGUUCUGUACGAAAUAAAAAAUCCCACGAAAGGAUACCAAUUUCUUAUCCAUGUGCAACAUAUUGCACGUCUGAUAAGGGUGUCAUUGCAUGGGGCAAGAGAGGCUACAAGAUGGGGGACAGCUUCUUGCACCUGGGGGAUAUCGUCUCCCUCUAUGCAGAGGGCUCGGUCGCUGGUUUCCUCAGCACUUUAGGGUUGGUAGAUGACAGAUGCGUUGUAUGCCCAGAAGCCGGCGACCUUACAGAUCCACCUAAAAAAUUCCGAGAUUGCCUCUUCAAAAUAUGCCCGAUGAACCGUUACUCUGCGCAGAAGCAGUUCUGGAACACCGCCAAACAAUCAGCCAACACCAACGCCGAUACCGACACCGGACUGUUGAAGAGGUUGCAUCAUGCAGCGGAGAUAGAGAAGAAACAAAACGAAAUGGAGAACACGAAAGUACUUGGCACAGUAGUUCAAUAUGGUAGCGUGAUCCAACUACUGCACGUGAAGAGUAACAAAUAUUUAACUGUAAACAAAAGACUGCCUGCCCUAUUGGAGAAGAACGCAAUGCGAGUCCACUUAGACGCUAACGGAAAUGAGGGAUCCUGGUUUUACGUUAUACCAUUCUAUAAACUAAGAUCUACUGGUGACAAUGUGGUGGUUGGUGAUAAGGUGAUACUGAAUCCUGUGAACGCUGGUCAGCAAGUACUUCAUGUGUCUGCUAAUCACGAACUGCCAGACAAUGUCGGUUGUAUGGAGGUGAACGUAGUAAACUCCUCGACUUCGUGGAAAGUGACUCUAUUCUUAGAGCAUAAAGAGAACCAGGAAGAGAUUCUGAAGGGAGGAGAUGUAGUGAGGCUUUUCCACGCUGAACAAGAAAAGUUCCUCACCAUGGAUGAAUAUAGGGAGCGGCAGCACGUGUUCUUGAGAACCACUGGUCGGUCGAGUGCUACUGCGGCUACGAGUAGUAAAGCGUUAUGGGAGAUCGAGGUAGUUCAACACGAUCCGUGCAGAGGUGGCGCUGGCCAUUGGAACUCCAUAUUCAGAUUUAAACAUCUAGCUACAGGCCACUAUUUAGCAGCGGAAGCGUGUCCCAAAACUUCUGAAUCCAGCAACGAUGGCUUAGAACCAGCCUAUCAAUUAGUAUCCGUGCCGCAUUCGUCCGAAAUAGCGACGUUGUUCGAAUUGGAUCCCACCACAAUGACGCAUUCGGACGCACCAGUACCACAAAGUAGUUAUGUCAGAUUACAACAUUUAUGUACACACACCUGGGUCCAUUCGACAUCAAUACCGAUAGAUAAAGAUGAAGAUAAGCCUGUUAUGUCGAAAGUAGGUUGUUCAGUCAUAAAGGAAGAUAAAGAAGCCUUCGCCUUAAUAUCGGUCUCGCCAAGCGAAGUGAGAGACCUGGAUUUUGCGAAUGACGCGUGCAAAGUUCUGUCAGCACUUUCAUCCAAACUGCACCAGGGGAAUAUUGAACAUAAUGAGAUGAAAGCACUGACAUGCCUCUUACAAGAUAUAGUAUACUUCAUAGCUGGGUACGAAAAUGAACCAAACAAGUCGAAGGCGUUAGAUCUCGUCGUGGAGAAUCCGAACAGAGACAGACAGAAAUUGCUCAGGGAACAAUACAUUUUGGGACAACUGUUCAAAAUAUUACAGGGCCCAUUUGAAGAAUCGCCAGGCAGCGAACCGUUUCUUAAAAUGGAAGAGCUUUCUGAUCCAAGAUAUGCGCCUUACAAGUUCAUUUUUAGACUUUGCUAUAGGAUACUACGGUUAAGUCAACAGGAUUAUAGAAAAAAUCAGGAAUACAUAGCUAAGCACUUCGGGUUCAUGCAGAAGCAAAUAGGUUGUGAUAUCUUAGCAGAAGACACGAUCACUGCACUCCUGCAUAACAACAGAAAGCUCUUGGAAAAACAUAUUACAGCGGCUGAGAUUGAGACCUUUGUUGGCCUUGUACGCAAGAACAUGAAGACCUGGCAAUCCCGUUUCUUGGACUACCUCAGCGAUCUCUGCAUUUCCAACAAGAAGGCGAUAGCUGUCACCCAAGAGUUGAUCUGCAAGAGUGUGCUGUGUGCGAACAACGCAGAUAUUCUCAUCGAGACCAGGUUCAGUCAGCAGAGAUUACUGACAACCAAAUAUGAAAGCAAAUCACCAGAUGACGGACAUAACUAUUCAGUUGAUGUUAUAUUACUUUGGAACAAUAAACAGUUCUCGAUAUCUCGUUCGCAGUCCAAACGGCUCUUAUCCCAGCUGGCUGCUGAAGCAAAAGCGGAUCCUCGUUGCGAAGCAGCCGCCGUCUUAGAUUACUAUCGGCAUCAACUUGAUCUCUUCUCCAACAUGUGCCUCAAUCGACAGUACCUCGCUCUUAACAGCCUGUCUCAGCAACUCCAUAUCGAUCUUAUUCUGAAGUGUAUGGCAAACGAGUCCCUCCCUCACGAAGUACGGGCAUCGUUCUGUCGCCUGAUGCUGCAUCUUCAUGUGGACCGUGACCCUCAAGAACCAGUUACUCCCGUGAAGUACGCGAGACUGUGGAGCGAAGUGGCUGACACAAUACAUAUACACGACUAUCAAUGUGUUCGAGGAGGCCCACAAUCAACGCGGGAUAAAGUAAAGAAGCAGUUCUCAUCAACGAUCGAGUUCGUUGAGAGCUACUUAUGCAAUGUGGUAAAGAUGACUUGGUACUUCGGUGACCAUGACCAGAACAAACUCACAUUUGAAGUGGUCAAGUUGGCUAGAGAACUCAUUUACUUUGGAUUUUACAGCUUCAGUGAUCUCCUACGUCUCACUAAGACAUUGCUAAGUAUCCUCGACUGCGUGACCACAAUUGACCUACUGAAUGACACACACGCUCUAACUGGAGACGUAGAAUCGGAAGGUGGUGUGUUACGUACGAUAGGAGAUAUGGGGGCUGUUAUGACUUCGAUCACUCUUGGGGCUGCCAAUCAAGUGGUGAGCAGCAACGGUCCUCAGCGCAGUCCUUCAGCGCUAGCGCUGGCGAGAAAACAUCCACUAGUUAUGGAGACUAAGCUGAAAAUCAUUGAGAUCUUACAGUUCAUCCUGGACGUCCGGCUGGAUUAUCGUAUCUCUUGCCUGCUGUCUAUCUUCAAGAAGGAAUUCGAGCAGGCGGGAGAUAAGGCAGAUUCUAUCGCCCGGGCUGACGUCGAAGCCAUUGGCUUGCAGGCUGAGGGCAUCUUUAGUUGCCAGAACGGUCUGGAUCUCGAUGGCCGUGGUGGGGGUAUGGUCCUUCGAGUCUUACUACAGUUGUGCUCGCAAGGCGCUUCGGCUGCGCUCGUCUCUGGGGCUCUUGCUUUGCUCUUCAGACAUUUCAGUCAGAGGCAAGAGGUGUUGGCAGCAUUCAAACAGGUACAACUGCUAGUGUCGGACGCAGACGUCGAGUCUUACAAGCAAAUUAAAGCGGAUCUAGACGUCUUACGGCAGAGCGUAGAGAAAUCUGAGCUAUGGGUGUUCAAUAAGGGCCGGGCUGGAGCCCUGGACGAUCAUACAGAAAUCAAAGGAACAGUCGGUCCGGGUGGAGCUGUGUUAGAGAGAAAUGCUUCGUUGGAUAACGUGCUAGACACUUCCAGAUCUACCAAAUACGAUCACAUGAACGAAUAUAAGAAAAUCAAAGAGAUUUUGGAGCGAAUGAUUAAAUAUUGCACGCGCGGUAACAAUGGUGACAGCGGUUCGGGACGCCCGCGCAGGCACGAGCAAAGACUGCUAAGGAAUAUUGGCGUACAUAAUAUUGUUUUGGAUUUACUGCAGGUUCCUCACGACGAAGACGAUUCAGCCAUGAACGAGCUUUUAGAUUUGGCUCAUGAGUUCCUUCAACACUUCUGCCAUGGGAAUCAACAGAACCAGGCUAUUCUCCACAAACACCUCGAUCUGUUUUUAAAUGCUAGCAUUCGUGAAGCUCAAACAGUAUGUGCGAUAUUUGAAGAGAAUGCAGCAUUAUGUGCGCACGAAGGUAACGAAAAAGUGGCAGCACAUUUUGUCCAUUGUAUCGAGACACAUGGAAAGAGACCGGCAUAUUUACGCUUUCUGAGGACGAUUGUUAGAGCUGGAGGUCAACAUAUAAGACGCAGUCAGGACUUGGUGAUGCAAGAGAUGGUGAAUUCAGGCGAGGACGUUUUAGUAUUCUACAAUGACAAAGUAUCUUUUAACCAUUUCGUGCAAAUGAUGCGCGAGUACAAACAGACAGGGGAAAUGCCUGAAGUUCUCACAUAUCAUAUUCAACUCGUGAAACUUCUGACUUGCUGCACUCUAGGCAAAAAUGUAUACACUGAAAUAAAGUGUCAUAGUCUACUUCCAUUGGACGAUAUUGUCGCAAUGAUCACACACCCGGACUGCAUACCAGAGGUAAAAGAAGCCUAUGUUGGUUUCCUAAACCACUGCUACAUUGACACUGAAGUGGAGAUGAAGGAGAUCUACUCCAGCAAUUAUAUGUGGGAUCUCUUUGAACGAUCGUUUUUGCAAGAUAUGAACGCUAUACUCCAGCCAUCUCCAGGAACGUCUUCAGAUCCAGCCAAGAUCGCUGGUGGAUGUAAACAAGCCUGGGUGGACUAUGUCACUGAUGUCCUCAUGCACACAAUAUGCACCUUCUUCAACUCGCCGUUCAGCGACCAAAGCACCACUGUACAGACGCGGCAGUCAAUAUUCGUAAAACUACUGCAGAGUACAUUCCGGAUCUACCAAUGCCCUUGGCUGAGUCCGCCCCAGAAGCUCAACGUCGAAAAAUGUAUUAGGACUCUAAGCGAAGUUUCGAAGAGUCGCAGUAUCGCAAUACCACUUGAACUGGAAGCGAAAAUACAAACAGUUUUCGAAAAGGCGGCAGCACUCUCGCGUCAAACAAGCAAAUGGUUACUCGUCUCGAAAACCAGCAAACUCGAGAAGAUGGCAUCACAGAGUAACCUGCAAAACGACAGAUCAGUUAUGGAAGGUCUGCAAGAGAUAGUUUCAUUGUUAGAAGAGCAACUGCGUCCCUUAUUGCAGGCGGAACAAUCUCUUCUCGUAGACAUUUUAUAUAAGCCUCACCGGCUCUUUACUUCGCCAGGAGAACUCAUGCAUCCAGACACAAGUGGAAUAUUUAUAUCGAGAUUAAUACGUCACACGGAGAAACUUCUAGAAGAGAAAGAAGAGAAGUUAUGCGUCAAAGUUCUGCGUACAUUACGCGAGAUGAUGGCUGUUGAUCCCGAGUAUGGCGAGAAAGGCAAUCAAUUGCGCAACAAGCUAUUAUCUCAGUAUUUCGUGAACCGAAAGUCUGAGCCAAAAGUUUUACCUCAAACGCCGGUUGUUGCAGUUACACAUGGUCCCGGGGCGAAGGUGUUGAUGCGCACCGGGCAGACUCUUGCGCAAGUUCAGGCUCAUUUGGAUCGCGAAGGUGCUUCGGACCUUGUGGUGGAAUUGGUCAUCAAGAGUACUAACAGACCAGCUAUUUUCUUAGAGGCAAUUCAACUUGGUAUCGCGCUACUUGAAGGCGGCAACCCCAUAAUUCAGAACAGCAUUUUUACGAAAUUACAAAACGGUGAAAUAUCACAGGCAUUUUUAAAGGUGUUCUACGAUAAGAUGCGUGAAGCGCAACAGGAGAUCCGUUCUCUAGCGGUAAGCAGUACAUCUGGAGCGCCGACUGAUAAGCGUAGCAGUCCUACUGAUCGACCUAAGCCCUCCAUUCCAGAAGGAAAAGCAGCCCAAGGGCCAAUCGUUGUUGGCGAAGAUAUGGAUGACGAAGUGAGCAGCGCUUGCGGUUCCGCGGUGCACGCCUACUCGGAUAUUCAUACUAUGUCGCAUGGCACUACCGUGUUAGAAGAGAUAAUGGCUGAGAAGAAGCGUACGAAUGGCAACGGCGAAAUGUUACCAGCUAAGGUUGCUGUGAUGAAACCGAUUCUACGCUUCUUACAGCUUCUAUGUGAAAAUCACAAUCCAGAUCUUCAGAACCUUCUUAGGAACCAAAACAAUAAGUCUAACUAUAACCUAGUGUCAGAAACACUCAUGUUCUUGGACUGCAUCUGUGGGUCUACGACUGGUGGUCUCGGACUGCUGGGCUUGUACAUCAACGAGGGGAACGUGGCUCUCAUUAACCAGACCCUGGAAACGCUCACGGAAUAUUGUCAAGGCCCCUGUCACGAAAACCAAAACUGCAUAGCGACACACGAAAGUAACGGAUUGGAUAUCAUUACUGCGCUCAUCUUAAACGAUAUAAAUCCUCUGGGAAAAACUAGAAUGGACCUAGUCUUGGAACUGAAGAACAAUGCUUCUAAGCUGUUAUUGGCUAUCAUGGAAUCUAGAAACGAUUCAGAGAAUAAUGCUGAAAGAAUUCUUUAUAACAUGAACCCUAAACAGUUGGUGGACGUUGCUUGCAGUGCUUUUCACCAAGAGCAUGCGGACGCGGACUCUGACAGCGAAGAUGACGCGCCAUGCGCAGGAGUUUCACCUAAGGAGGUCGGCCACAACAUCUACAUUCUUUGCCAUCAACUGGCUGCUCAUAAUAAAGAACUGGCUGCCUUAGUUAGAUCGACUCCGACGGGUCCGGCUGCGCCUGCGCUGCAAUACUACCGUUCACAUACCGCACAGAUUGAGAUAGUGCGAACCGAUCGUAGUAUGGAGCAAAUUGUGUUCCCGAUUCCGGAAAUAUGCGAAUACCUCCCGGAUGAAAGCAAGCACAGAGUUUUGCAAAGUGCAGAAAGGGACGACCAAGGCAGCAAAGUAGCGGACUUCUUUUCGAGACUCGACAACCUUUUCCACGAAAUGAAAUGGCAGAAGAAACUAAGAGGACAGCCACUUCUCUUCUGGGUCUCGUCGUACAUGUCCUAUUGGAGUAACAUAUUGUUUAACUUUGCUGUCUUAAUAAAUGUUAUAGUAGCUUUCUUUUACCCCUUCCAAGAGGAAACUCCAAAACUGAACGAGCAUCUCUCCUUGGUGAUUUGGAUAGCUCUCUGCGCUUCUGGUGCACUUGUCACGUGGUCUCCAAGAUGGUCCAGCUUACGGGCACUAGCCGGGUGUAUCAUUGUCCUACUCAUAUCAUUACUUGGACCGGAACCAAUGCUCUGGUUACUCGGGAUGCUUACAGUGGUAGUAAAGGGCGUUCACCUUGUCAGUAUAAUGGGAAACCAAGGAACCCUCUCCAAGUCUGCGCGGCACGUCAUCACAGACCCAGAGCUUCUCUAUCACGGAGUGUACCUCGUUUUCUGCUUCUUGGGCAUAUGCUGCCAUCCCUUCUUCUUUUCUGUUCUGUUAUUGGACAUUGUAUACCGCGAAGAGACUCUUCUGAACGUGAUGCGAUCUGUGACAAGAAACGGCCGAUCUAUUCUCCUCACUGCAGUGUUAGCCCUGGUCCUCAUCUACAUGUUCUCUAUCGUCGGGUAUAUGUUCUUCCGAGAUCACUUUCUCGUCACCGUGGACAGACUUGAUGAUGAUGACGAUCCCCGGUUCGAGACAGAAAAGUGUGAUGAAAAUGAUCCGGUCGCAAAAUACCGGCCGCGGACGUCUCGUAUAGUAUCUGUGGGAGGCGAUCUGCGCGAGCGCAGCUGUGAUUCGCUGAUCAUGUGUAUCGUUACAACGCUUAACCAAGGAUUGCGAAAUGGCGGCGGAAUCGGGGAUAUAUUACGGGCACCAGCUAGCUUUGAACCUCUGUAUGUAGCUCGGGUGGUGUACGACCUGCUGUUCUUCUUCGUGGUCAUUAUUAUCGUACUGAACUUGAUUUUCGGUGUGAUCAUUGACACAUUUGCCGAUCUACGUAGUGAGAAGCAGCUCAAGGAGUCGAUACUUAAAAGUACCUGUUUUGUCUGUGGUUUGAAUAGAUCAGCCUUCGAUAACAAGACUGUGUCCUUCGAAGAACAUAUAAAGAGCGAACACAACAUGUGGCACUAUUUGCACUUCAUGGUCCUCGUCAGAGUCAAAGAUCCCACAGAAUUCACAGGUCCUGAGAGCUACGUGCAUUCUAUGAUUAAGUCAAAUAACUUGGACUGGUUUCCACGACUCCGUGCUUUGUCACUUAUGGGUGGUGGUGAAGGAGAAGGCGGUGAACUAGAAGUGCGUGCUCUGCAAGCUCAAUUAGAACGAGCACAGCAAGCUGUCCGUACACUUACAGAGUUGCUCACUGAACUUCGGGAUCAGAUGACGGAACAACGAAAGCAGAAGCAACGCAUCGGUCUGCUAAAUUCGACGUCUGCCUAUCUUCACAACUUGCAAAUGAACUUGCCGCCCUGA